GAUUGGCCGAAGGUGGGAAGGCGGGGCUUGGAGGCGGGUUAAGAGCUCGCUGGAGUUUGGGCCACGCGUGCCUGAGAAAGUUCAAUGGCGUGGCAGGGGCUGGCAGCCGAGUUUCUGCAGGUGCCGGCGGUGACGCGGGCUUACACCACUGCCUGCGUCCUCACCACAGCCGCCGUGCAGCUGGAGCUCCUUAGCCCCUUCCAGCUCUACUUCAACCCGCAUCUCGUGUUCAGGAAGUUCCAGGUCUGGAGGCUUCUCACCAACUUCCUCUUCUUCGGGCCCCUGGGAUUCAGCUUCUUCUUCAACAUGCUCUUCGUGUUCCGGUACUGCCGCAUGCUGGAGGAGGGUUCCUUCCGUGGCCGCAAGGCCGACUUCGUUUUCAUGUUUCUCUUUGGGGGAGUCCUUAUGAUUCUGCUGGGGUUCCUGGGCAGCCUGUUCUUUCUGGGCCAGGCCCUUACAGCCAUGCUGGUGUAUGUAUGGAGCCGCCGCAGCCCUCAGGUGAGGGUCAACUUCUUCGGCCUCCUCACAUUCCAGGCGCCAUUCCUGCCCUGGGCACUCAUGGGCUUCUCAAUGUUGCUGGGCAACUCGAUCCUCGUGGACCUGCUGGCCCCUUGCACAAGCCAGCAGGCCUGCAGGCUUCACAUCUCCAGGCCCCACCUGCUGAAGCUUGUGUGGAGCCUGACCAGGGUGCGGGGAUUGCUGUGGGACACAUCUACUACUUCCUGGAGGAUGUCUUUCCCAACCAGCCUGGAGGCAAGAGGCUGCUGCUGACCCCCGGCUUCCUGAAGCUGCUACUGGAUGCCCCGGAAGAGGACCCCAAUUACCUGCCCCUCCCUGAAGAACAGCCAGGACAGCAGCAGCAGUGACCCCACCCAGGGUCAGCCCGAGGGGCCUGUUUCCCCAGCAUCUGUCAAGACUCCAUCCCAUCCCUAACCCCUGCUUGAAGCAGAGCAACCUGUCAAAUAAACAGAAUAAUUUGUAGCCUCUUUGCCCACA